UUACUGUUACGUGUCUGGGGAGGGGGCGGUGCUGCAGACUGACGGGCUCGGGAGGCCUCUGUGCCGGGAGGAUGAGCUGGUUCAACACUUCGCACCUCUCCAGCUUCGCUAAACAGGCUUUCUCCCAGGCCCAGAAGUCUAUAGACCGAGUACUGGAUAUUAAGGAAGAUGAAACCGCCUGGGCCGACUCCAUCAUUGGUCCCUUUGAGGAAGAGAACGUUUCAUCACUCAAAGGGAGCUGGGAAAACUCCAAUUGGGGGGGACAAUCAGAAGAACCUGAAACACAAGUGGUGUUAUCUCCGACAGCAAUUACCAAGCCCGUUACACGGAGUGUAGUGGACGAAUCAGAGAAUUUCUUCAGUGCCUUUCUCUCUUCCCCGACAUCGAACACUGCCUCCGAUAGUUCUGUGGUGUCCAAGCCUCCCGUCAAAUCUCCGAGGCUCAAACAGGAAGAGAACUAUACCUCUCCCACAUCCACGGUCAAGGUGAAACAGAAAGAUGAAAUUAAUCUUAACUUGUUCAAGCAAAGUGCCUGUAAGAGCCAAAGAGCAGAUUUGGAAACACCAGACAUAUCUUCAGAGAAACCAGUGCCCCACCGUUCAAAUGUCUCUUCGGAAUUAAAAUGUGAGACUGAAAAAGAGGAGCAAAUAUCUUCUGACAUUACAACAGAUAAUGGAGUUCCAGAGAGCAGACCUAUUGAAGAACUCUCCAGCUCGUCGACGGCUGUUACUUCUGAAAGUAAAGACGUUGCACUGGAUAAUAAAGAACAGAAGUCUGAGGACCGUCAGAGUAACACCCCGUCCCCCCCAAUAAGCACCUUUUCCUCUGGGACGUCAACCACCAGUGAUAUUGAAGUGUUAGACCAUGAGAGCGUGAUGAGCGAGAGCUCUGUUAGUUCAAGGCAAGAAGCAGCUGAUUCCAAAGCAAACCUCCAUUUAAUGCAGACAUCUUUCCAGCUUCUCUCUGCCUCUGCUGAAUACAGCCGUAUGGAAGAGUUUCCAAAGCUUACGGAGAGCUGCUCAUCGUCGGAUGCAUUUGAGCGGAUAGAUUCCUUUAGCAUGCAAUCCAUGGACAGCCGCAGUGUUAGUGAACUCAAUUCCGACGAUGAAUUUCCCGGCAGAGGAUGCACCCUGGUUUCCAUCGCAGUCAGCUCUUCUUCUCCCAAUAUGGACGUCCAUGAGUCAGUUGAGUGUAAACCAGAGGAAGACUUAAACGAGACACUAAUGGUGCACUCCAGUGAGAAUACGGAAAUGGAGGAAAGUGGAAGGAGCUCCACUCCUGUAAAUUCAGAGCAGCCUGAUCUUCUGGCCCACGAAGGUGAAGAUGUCUGUCAUGGAGUUGCUGCUGAAUCUUUGACUGAAGCUGAAACUGCACCAGAAGCUAAAUUCUCAAAUGAGGACUUGCAAAAGACGAUCGAUGAACUUACUGCCAGACUGGAGAAGAGGGAGACACAACUGCUAUCCUUGAGCAAGGAAAAGGCCUUCCUAGAAGAAGCUUACGACAACCUUAAUGACGAAAUGGUGAGGCUGAAGGAAGAAUGUAGCAGCGUCGCUCUGCUGAAAGAUGAGUUCACCCUCCGGAUAGCAGAAGCCGAGAAGAGAGCGAAAACAGCAUGUAAAGAGCGAGACAUUGCCAAAAAGGAAUCAAAAACAACGAAGGAGGAACUGGCAACAAGAUUAAAUUCGAGUGAAACUGCAGAAAUCAUGAAAGAGAAGGAUGAACAGAUUAAAGGUUUAAUGGAGGAAGGUGAAAAGCUCUCCAAACAGCAGCUGCACAACUCCAACAUCAUCAAGAAAUUACGGGCAAAAGAGAGAGAGAAUAACCACUCCAUAUCCAAACAGGCAAAUAAGAUCCGGGAGGUGGAGGAGGAACUGCAGCUUUUAAAGCAGACAUUAGAUGGAAAGGAAGAGGUGGAAAAACAGCACCGAGAGAAUAUCCGAAAGCUGAACUCCAUGGUAGAGAGGCAGGAGAAGGAUCUGGCGAGGCAACAGGCUGAUCUGGAUGAACUGCACGAAAACAACCGCAGUCUACAAGCUGCUCUGGACAACUCCUACAGGGAACUUGCAGAAUUACACAAAGCAAAUGCAUCAAAGGCCAGCGAAGCCCAAGAAGCGGCACUGAGUUGUGAACUACGAGCCAAAGAAGAGCUUUGUUUUGCACUGGAGAAAGCUAAGGAGGAGUCUCAGAAGCAGCGAGAAGCUUUGGCUAUCCAAGUAACAGAUCUGAGGCUAGCCCUGCAGCGAGCGGAACAACAAGCUGCCAGAAAAGAAGAUUAUCUGAGACAAGAAAUUGCUGAGUUGCAACAGCGAUUGCAAGAAGGAGAGACACGGAAUCAGGAGCUGAGCCAGAGUGUAACAUCUGCCACACGGCCAUUACUCCGACAGAUUGAAAACCUGCAAGCAACUUUAGCAGCGCAGACCUCAUCCUGGGAAAAGCUGGAGAAGAAUCUUUCCGACAGACUUGCUGAAUCACAGACGUUGUUGGCCUCAGCAGUGGAGAAAGAACGUGCCUCCACGGAAGAAGUGCUCACGUUCAAGACUCAGAUAUCCGCUAUUGAAUCUCAGAACAGCCUGUUGAGGCAAGAGAAGAGCAGACUCCAAGCUCAGCUUGAAGUGGAGAAGUCUCGAUUAUUGAAGAUGGAAGAAGAUCACAGCAGGAAUCAGGUGGAGCUUGAAAAUAUAAAGCUGGAAUUCAUGAAAGCAAUGGAAGAAGCAAAGAAAGAAAAGAGUCUUCUCUCCAGUCAACUGGAAAUGGAGAAGCUGAAAGUGGAACAGGAGAAGAAAAAGGUCCUGCUGGCACAGGAAACUGCUAAAGAGAAGGAACGUAAAGCCUAUAUGUUUCCCUCAAUGGAACCCACUGCCACAACUCCAACUCUAUCUCGCUCCAGUUCUAUUAGUGGAACAGACGCGUCAGGUCUUCAGACAUCCAUCAUUUCCCAGGAUGAUCCCCAUGAUCAUUUGUACGGAUCAAUGACGGCGUCCCUCAGCGGAAGCAAUCUCUACGAAGCGGUACGAUUGGGCGCUGGUUCCAGUGUCAUUGAAAACUUGCAGUCUCAGCUAAAACUCCGAGAUGGGGAAAUCGCUCAGCUUCAGGUUGAAAUCGUGAACCUGGAAAAAACCCGCUCACUACUAGCCGAGGAAGUGGUUAAAUUGAAUAACCUAAAUGACGAGCUUGAGGAGAAAGUGAAGGAAAUACCCAAACUACGGACACAGAUGAAGGAUCUGGAGCAGCGGUACAACACCAUUCUGCAGAUGUACGGAGAGAAGGCCGAGGAGGCAGAGGAACUGAGACUGGAUCUGUCAGAUGUAAAAAACAUGUACAAGACUCAAAUAGACGAACUAUUGCAGCAGAGACUCCAUUAGCCCCCGAAGCUGAAUCGUAUGAAGAGAAAUGUAUCUGAAACAUUCUUUGUCUAAUAUGUAAAUUUAGAGCUCUACAAAAAUCUCUUGUAUAAAAUAUAGUGUAUAAUAGAUCCUACUUUUAUUUACUGCUCCCUAGGACAGAAAACUAUUCACAGUAACUGUAUCUAUGUCUUGCCGUUCUCUGUGAUUAAAUUAUUUGUUAUA